CAUUUAGGGACUGAGAGCUGUGAGACAGGCGGAGACAGAAUCAAACUUCCCAUCACAGAUUGAGCAACAGGGGCUGGGUACUGAAAACAACAACCCAGAGCCUGCAGAUCCUCCAGGAUCUCCUCUGCACUGAUGCACACUGACCGACCCGCUGACACUCUCCUCGUGUCACUGUGUGCUGGAGCCGGUUUGGAGCAACACAUCUGGGAGUAAACCUGCACAACUCACCGGAGUUUCCCGCAGCUUUGCAUAAAAUUUCACCUGCAUGCGUCAGAGCGCACACUCCUCUCAUCCCCGCGCGCAAACACACACACACACACACACACACACACACACACAAGGAGGAGUGCGCCUGUUCCUCGGAGAGCAGCCAGGAGAGGCUGAAAACAUCCACACCGCCUGGUUCGUCGUACCUUGACGUGCGUAAUCAUUUUGCGCUUCAUUCCGCAUCCUGACCGCCGGAGGGUUCAGACAGCGCGCUCAGCAGACUGUUCUGCACUCUCACAGUAAUUACAGAGCGUUGGAGGGGAGAAACAGCACUGCAGAUAGAAACGCUGCACAGUGUCCUCAACUGAGCUGCAUGCAGAUGAAUAACUUUCAUUUCCUGAUGUGUUGCCCCUACAUGAUCAGACCCCCAGUUUGGUGAGUGAAGAUGAUUCCUGUGCUGAUCUGUGCGUUGAUCUCACUGAGUGUAGCUACGAAUGAUUUAGACACUCUGUAUCCUGAACUGGAGCACUCGAGAACCAUCUAUGUCACAGAGAACGGCCCUCGACUCUCAGUGUCGACAGACCAAUCGAAGGUGGUGUCGAGGCGAGGAGGGAACGCCACGUUACCAUGCAAGAUCCACAUGGACCCAUCACUGACACCCAGUCGGAAGAUGAGGAUCAAAUGGACCAAGCUGACCUCGGACUACCUGAAAGAGCUGGAUGUAUUCGUCGCCAUGGAUUAUCACAAAAGGAGUUACGGCAGUUUCCACGGACGCGUCCACCUGCAGGGCUCCUCUCCCAUGGAUGCCUCUCUGGUUAUCACAGAGCUCACCCUGGAGGAUUAUGGGAGAUAUAAAUGCGAAGUUAUCGACGGACUGGAAGACGGAACAGUGGUGGUGUCCCUCGACCUGGAAGGUGUCGUCUUCCCCUACUUCCCCCGCCUGGGUCGCUACAACCUCAACUUCUACGAUGCUGAGCGGGCGUGUCGUGACCAGGACGCCAUCGUGGCCUCCUUUGACCAGCUGUACGACGCGUGGCGAGGAAAGCUGGACUGGUGCAACGCCGGCUGGCUGAGCGAUGGUUCAGUCCAGUAUCCCAUCGUCACACCCAGAGAACCCUGCGGAGGCAAGAACACGGUGCCGGGCAUUCGUAACUACGGCCUGAGAGACAAAGAUAAGAACCACUACGAUGUGUUCUGCUUCACCUCCCACUACAAAGGUCGGUUCUACUACCUGAUCCACCCCUCUAAGUUAACUUACGACGAGGCGGUCCAGGCAUGUCAAAAAGAUGGUGCUCAGAUCGCCAAGGUCGGCCAAAUGUUCACCGCCUGGAAGCUGCUAGGCUACGACCGCUGCGACGCUGGCUGGUUGGCUGACGGCAGCGUCCGUUAUCCCAUCUCCCAACCCCGCCGGCGCUGCAGCCCCACGGAGGCUGCCGUGAGGUUCAACGGCUUCCCCGACAAAAAGCACAAGCUGUACGGAGUGUAUUGCUUCAAGGGCCACAACUGAGCUGCAAACACACAAACACACACAGCAUGCACACACACACACACACCCACACACACACACACACACAUUCAUACACUAGUGAACACACUAGUGGAAAAAGAGACGCAUUCAAACUGUGAUGCUUUAUUUCAUUGAACCUUAAGACAUUAUUGUCAAACAUGGUGUUGCUUUGUAAUCUGGGACCUGACACUCUCUGAGGGUUAGUUUACACAUAUUUAAGGUUCAUAUUAUUUAAUCAAUGCCUUUGAAGGGGGUGGGUGGGUUGUUUUGGGGGGUGAGGGUUGGAGGAUAUCACAGCUACAGCCAUACUGUCAUUCAGUGGACCAGGCAUGUCGUAUAAGAAGGAACAACACGUCUGAACUGAGAACAGUUUCACAGCAGAAAGACUUGUGGUUGGACGGAUACUUUGGGCACUUAUCUUGUUUUGUUCAAGACCUGGAACAACAACAACAACAAAGCCACGAAACACAGCUGAAAGAAAACCCUGUGAUACUUGUCAUCAGGUAGGAAUACAAGCCUCGCACAACUAAACCGAUCUUUGCUGUCCAUACUUAACAAGGUGCUACGACUGGUACUUUGUACUUCAUCUUACCGUCCAGUAUUUUAUGUUUUUAUACGAAUGUGUUGGACCAAACAUCAUCACCAAACUGAAUAAGAAAAAAAUCCAACAUUGUUUAUGUUUUCUAAAUAUGUAGAAUGUUAUAAUCUAGAAAUGUAAUUCUGUUUAUGACUAUUUUUUGAUAUACUGUAGAAAUAUUUACAUUAUUAUUUUUUCUCUUCUUGGCCAAACUAUCCGAGUCUCUUUGGUUUACAUAAAGCGUAACAUAAGGGUGGAAAAAAAACAAACAAACUCCACAAUACUGAGGAAAAAAAAAAGAAGAAUUUUUUGCACUGAAUAUGUAGAAGAUGCCUAAAGGAGGAGAGACGAGGCAAACAGUAGUUCGCCCUGUGCAGCAGUAGAAAAUGCCUGGCAUGAAUAGGAACUGUGCUGCAGAGUCACUCUUGUUGCUGUAUCUCUCUGUUUGGCUUCAUCUUAGACUUCAGAGCAUGACUUAGCUUCCUCCAGCACAAAGCAGCUGUCAGUGUAGAUCUACACACUCUAUCUAGCUAUCUAUCUAGCGCCUUGAUAAACUGCUAUUUUUGAUACAAAUACUGUAGUUUCUUAUAGUGAACGAGCAGAGCCCAGGCUGGCCUCAUCUGUGACGUCAGCCCUGCGUUUGUAACUCCAUGAAUCGGACUCAGAGGGUUCCCCAGGUAAACCUUUGAGGAAGAGUCUAAACUUUGUUUCUUUAACCUGUCAUCCAGCAGUGGAUCGAACCUUUUAAGGUAUUUUCAUGAUCCCACGAAUAAAAUCUUUGCUUGAGUCUAAACACAAAAAAACGUGUUAACUAUAGUAGUGGCCAGCGCAGAGUGUGGAAAUUUUGCAAACAUCUGAUCAGUUACUUUCUUCAAUUAAAACCAAGAAAAUUAAUUACUGACAACCUUUUUUUCUGUGACAGGAAAAGUAUGAUACGGAGCCUCCAAGGGUCGAGGUGAUUAAUAUUAUUAUUAUUUUGACAUUCUCUUGCAAUCGUUUAGCUACAGAGGAUAAGAAAACCGCAGUAGUUGAUAGCAAACUGUCCAGUUAAGAUGUAAAACCUUUAAAAAUUAACGUUACAUAGGUCUAUUCUUAGGUUGCAGGUAACAAGAAGAGUCCGACUCCUUUUAGAUUUAAUCACAGCAUUUGUGUUGUCGCUCUGGUGAGAUAGCGUUAAAGGUCUCCUAGUAACUGAAAGUGUUUUUGCAGCACUGCUAUAUAAGUUGUUAAUUGUCCCAAAAUUGAUUGCGGGAGCAUGCAAAAGUUUUGUCAGAGAACACAAAAUUUAUUGUGAGAGAAAGCAAAACUGAUUAUGGGAGAACUCAAAAUUUAUUUUGAGAGAAAUCAAAAGUGUUGUCAUGGAAACCAAAAUUUAUUGUGAGAGAAUGCAAAAGUAUCGUCAGGGAACAAGAAAUUUAUCUUAAUAAAAUGCAAAAGUAUUGCAAGAACGCAAAAUUGAUUGUAAGAGAACAUAAAAGUAUUGCAAGAAAAUGCUAAAUUUAUUGUGAGAAAAAAAAUCUAAUUUAUUAUGAGGGAACACAAAAUAUUGCAUGGUUCUGUCCAAGAAUAAAAACUAAAUGAUGAUGACAGUGCCUGAUGAAUGGACAUUUAUUAAUUAAUGUUUUAGUGCAGACUCAGUGGUGGAAUCAGACAUUGGUAAAACAACUCUGCUGCUUGACCUGGUGCACUUAAGGGCAACAUCAUUCAUUUCGGUAAAGAUAUGUCUCCGACAGUAAUAUUAGCUAAUGCCAAUGAGUCUUGGGAAGAGAAAGAAUAUAACAGAUUCAUGGACCAGUUCAUCCACAAUCCCAAAGACUACCGGCAGGAAUGAGUUCAGGAUUAAUGUCGGCUGUCAAACAUCUAAAUCUUCAUCUAGAUCUCUGUUUCUAUGACCCUUUGGUUGCUCGUCUAAACCUAGACACGUGAGAGAAUGACAACUGUAUUCAACAAAAGCUUUAACUUUGGCAACAACAUAUCAAAUAAUGCGACAGCUGUAGUCUCAUGGUGCUGUCAGGCGGACGGCGAAGGGAAUUUUCACCUUAUGUAUUUGCACGAAUUUGAAUACAGGACCUUUGACUGAACAGAUGCUAACUCACCAGAAACUCCUGAUAUAUAUUUUAUUCUCUUUUUGUUUAUGAUUCAUAAAGUGCCAAGGUUCACGCAGGUUUUUAGCUCAAGCUGAGACAUUUUCGGCAUGCAUGAAUUUAUGCUGCCUUGGUGAAUCUGCAUCUUUGACUUUGUCCACAAUCUUUCCACGUCUAAAAGCUGCUUGAUGUUCUCAAAAAUUUGCUCAGUGUUCUCUCUGAACACAAAGAGUGUGCAGAUGACAUAAAAUUAAAAAGGUACAUUUUUGUCAGAGACUAAACCAAACCAACGCCAGGUACUGAAGUUCACACAUUUGAUGACACACUAGACAUCUGUGCAGCCAAGACGCAGCUGGAUAAAAUGUAAAUAAAAAUAUGCAGAUUUUCCCCGUGAGGUUUGCGUUGCUGAAUCAUGGAGUAACGUACAAAGUGCUGAGGUCACAGAUGGGCCCAAGCGAGGCCCUGAGUGAGCAUGGUUCUCCUGGCAGCGACUGGCGCCCUGAUUGCUAUCUGAGCUCUGCAGAGACUCUGAACCGGCCGACACAGCGGGCCUGCAGCCAACCUGCACCCAGCCUGCUGCGUGAGACAGAAAUACAAUACAUUCAAAAUACCAAUAAUUCCUGCGUGGAGGCACAAAGGGCUUCUUCCAUGUAAGGUUAUCAGAGAGUAAUCGGUGCACAUUGAUCAAGUGUAAGCUCACUGUACACAGGCCCAGCUGGCCCAGAUACUGGUUUAGGUCAUCCACUUGGGCCUGGUACACGGUCAGCUUUACUUGGCUCCACCUUUGACAAGCCACUGAACAAUCAGCCACACUUAUCACUGCAGAACUGCUGGACAGACUCGUAUAAAUAGAUCUCAGUAACGAUUAGACAAUGUGGGAAACUUAACGGUGAUUUUACAGAAAAGCAGCUGUGAAGUGAAACACUCACUGAAGAGUCUUCUGAGGGAUUACAAAACAAAAAAAAGGUUCCUUUUAACUUGUAUUAUUUUCAGUUAUUGUAAACAUUUUGCAAACAAUGUUAAGUGUCAGAUUGUUAAAGGGAUACUUUGACAUUUUGGGGAGUGCAACCUCACUGAAAUACUUGAGGACGUCAGAGUUUGUAACUCCCCAUGAAACCACAACUUCCUGUUUUUACAUUUAUGCUUGUGUUCAGGUUAAACAAAAACAUAUGUUAUGUUGAUUAGAAGAGAUGUAGAUUCACACCACUUUGAUCUGUACGUUAAUUAUGAAGCAACAGUCGAAGCUGGUUAGCGUAGCUUAGCAUAAAGACUGGAAACAAAGGGAAACAGCUAGCCUAGCUCUGUCCAAACAUAACUAAGGCUACAUGUCUAUGGACAUCAUCCAAAUCAGAUUUUUUUGCCUUCCAUGUGAAGUAAAAAUUCUGUCCACACGACCAUCAUUUACAAAAUAUCUCUGUCCACGUUAUGGAUUUAGAAAGAGAACUGGAUACAGCAUUGGAGGGGAGGUGCCGUUCAUUCCUAUAAACAUUGCUCAGUGGUGCUUGAAGCCAAAAAAGUAGAUUUCCAUGACACGAAAAAGCGGUAACUUGAAUGGGAAUAAAAGUAAAUUCAAUCAUGAGGCUCAUCUAGAAUUUUGAAAUGUUAUUGGACUGAAUGGAUCAAAUCCUGAUAGUGAAACGAGUCAUUUUGUGGGGGUUGUGAAGCUCAAAAAAAUGUAUCCAAUGAUUUACAAACGCCUCUUUCACAAUGUAAAUCUAUGGGGAAAAGUCUUGCUGGGCCCAAUGACAUCACAUGAUGGACCAGGAAGUUGUAAUUCCACGUUUGGCCACUAUGGCUUCAAAGCUUGGUGCUAUCCCUCGGGGCUUGCUUGCCAGGCCAGUAGGUGGCGAUAAAGGCUGCGUCAACAAUACAUUAAAUAACCGUGAGGAAAAUUCUGUAUCAACAAGUCAGACAAUAGUAGCUAACUUUCUUUAUUCAUACAUAUUCAUACGUUUGAUUCCUACUUACUUAACAUCUUUCAGGUCCACGGCCUAAAGUGCUGUAGAGAAACCGUAAUGUGGCUUAUGUGUGGACGGACGAAAAGGUAAUAAUAAACAAACCCAUAGUCUGCUGUUGUCGUUGCUGUUUCUGCCCAUUACACAAAGCAGCAAUGGGCAUUUGUGAAUUGAGGAGAUGAUGUCAACUUUCUCAAACGCUCCCUUUCACACGUCCACACAGACACAAAGUUCUCCCUCUGAAGUCGUCGAAAUCCGGUGCUUGGGCAGUGACUUGUGGCGUCAGACACUGACGAAAAAAGCUGUCCUUUAACGUCGGCAUGAUACUCGGCCAGUCGCCGUUAUAGUUUAAUGGUGCUUGGCGGUGUCAGGGGGAAACACGGCGGGACAAGAACAAAAGUUAAAGCAGUGAAAGUCUGAGUAGGGUGGGAGGGAGGGGAGUGGUAUUUGCGCUUAAGAUUCUAAAGCCAAACCCUUAAUUUGCGUAGUUGUACUGACGCAGUAUUUAUGAAAGAGAAAACUGUGUAUUUUGAAAGACUACAAUGCAUGUAACAGGCAGAACUUGACACGGCGUCCCAGAACAUCAACAACCAACACACCCAGGGUACCUUUCACGUCAUAUGUGGACGUGGAAGGUCCAUGACCAAACGUCGAUAUGUGACGAGGUCGGAUUGAGAGUGUGUUGACUGAGGUGUCUUCAAACAUCUCUAUUUUAGUGACUUAAACUGUUUGCGUGUAGACGAGAGGCCAAAACAUGGAGGAAAAUAACUGUUGUCAAAAAUGUAUUCAUGUAGACCAAGCAGCAACAUCUGAAGCCAACGCUUAAGUGCCAAAAACUGCAGUUCCUCUAAUGGCCACUUGAGGCUGACUCCAAGAGUGAGUCAAUCCUCAUAGACCUCCAUGAUAAAAUGCCCAACUUUACAGCAGAAAUAAACAUGUUCAGGCUCUAUAGUUAAUUUACCUGUUCAUGACAACUGUACAGAGGGUGAAUGUUUAUACAACUCGCUCGUUUACAUUUUAUUAAGGCUUAAAGUUACGCAUAAUUAAGGGUGUGGCCGCAUCCCAGUCAGAUCCACCUCUUGCUCUUGCACAACUCCAGCCUUGCACCCAAAUAUGGUCACUUCUGGCUCCCAAAACCAAGAUGGUGACGACUGAAAUGCCAUACUCGAGGCUUCACAAUGAGAGCUCACAAAACAAUGGAUGAUGUCACGGUAGCUACGUAUUAUUUUAUCCGUCUAUAGUGUAGACAAGGCCUAAAGCUCACCAGUUAACUCAGCUGUUGGAUGGAUUAAACAAAUAAGAUGUAACAUGUUAACUGGUGACCUUAAGAGGUGCUGUAAGGUGUAUUUUUAAACGCUGGACUAGCUGUUUCCAGUCUUUAUGCUAAUCUAAGCUAACUGCCUGCUGGCUAAAGCUUCAUAUUUAGCGUACAGACAUGAGAGCGUAUUUCCCAAAAUGCCAAACUGCCCCUGAAAAGAUUUAAAGACAGCCCACAUCUGUUGCCUUUUUACUCUGUGUGUAAUCUGACCAACUUUGCCGGCCUUGUUAAUAACUGCAGCAUUACAAGGAAACCUUGUGGGACCCAAAGACAAAAGGACAAUAAAACAGUACAUAAACCA